AUGUCUGCAUCAACGGGGACAGCCAUCGGUAUCGACCUGGGCACCACCUACUCCUGUGUUGGUGUCUUCCAGCAUGGCAAGGUGGAGAUCAUCGCCAAUGACCAGGGCAACCGCACCACCCCCAGCUAUGUGGCCUUCAACGACACCGAGAGGCUCAUCGGUGAUGCAGCCAAGAACCAGGUGGCAAUGAACUCCACCAAUACCAUCUUUAAUGCCAAGCGGCUUAUUGGGAGGAGGUCUGAUGACCCGACGGUGCAGUCCGACAUGAAGCACUGGCCCUUCCAGGUGGUGAGUGAUGUGGGGAAGCCAAAGGUGAAGGUGGAGUACAAGGGGGAGAACAAGACCUUUUACCCAGAGGAAAUCUCCUCCAAGGUGCUGACCAAGAUGAAGAAAUUUGCUGAGGCUUACCUUGGCUACAAUGUCACCAACGCUGUCAUCACCGUUCCUGCUUACUUCAAUGACUCCCAAUGCCAGGCAACCAAAGAUGCUGGUGUGAUAGCUGGUCUCAAUGUCCUGCGUGUCAUCAAUGAGCCAACAGCAGCUGCCAUUGCCUAUGGUCUGGACAAGAAAGGCAAAGGGGAGCGUAAUGUUCUCAUCUUUGACCUGGGUGGUGGCACCUUCGAUGUGUCCAUUCUCUCCAUCGAUGACGGUAUCUUUGAAGUGAAAUCAACAGCUGGAGAUACCCACCUGGGAGGACAGGACUUUGACAACCACAUGGUCAAUCACUUCAUUGAGGAGUUCAAGCGGAAAUACAAGAAAGACAUCAGCCAGAACAAGAGAGCGGUGAGGAGGCUGCGGACGGCCUGUGAAAGAGCAAAGAGAACGCUGUCUUCCGGCACCCAAGCCAGUAUUGAGACUGACUCUCUGUUUGAGGGAGUUGAUUUCUACACCUCAAUCACCAGGGCUCGCUUUGAGGAGCUGAACUCUGACCUGUUCAGGGGCACUCUGGAGCCAGUGGAGAAAGCCCUGAGAGAUGCCAAGCUGGACAAACCCCAGAUCCAUGAAAUUGUCCUGGUCGGAGACUCCACCCGAAUCCCCAAGAUCCAGAAGCUGCUGCAAGAUUUCUUCAACGGUAAGGAGCUGAAGAAGAGCAUCAACCCCGAUGAGGCCGUGGCCUAUGGGGCAGCUGUCCAGGCGGCCAUUCUGAUGGGCGACAAGUCAGAGAAUGUUCAGGAUCUGCUACUCCUGGAUGUUGCUGCUCUGUCAUUGGGGCUGGAGACGGCAGGUGGAGUCAUGACCACCCUUAUCAAGCGUAACACAACCAUCCCCACCAAGCAGACCCAAAUCUUCAGCUCCUACUCUGAUAACUAGCCUGGGGUCCUUAUUGAGGUAUUUGAAGGCGAGAGAGCCAUGGUCAAGGGCAACAAUCUUCUGGGCAAGUUUGAGUUGAGUGGCAUCCCUCCCGCUCCUCGUGGCGUACCCCAGAUUGAGGUGACCUUCGAUAUUGACGCCAAUGGCAUCCUGAAUGUCUCUGCUGUUGACAAGACCACCGGGAGAAUAAACAAGAUCACCAUCACCAACGACAAGGGCAGGCUGAGUAAGGAGGAAAUUGACAGGAUGGUGCAAGAUGCAGAGAAGUACAAGAAUGAGGAUGAAAUGCAGCGGCAGAAGAUUGCAGCCAAGAACUCCCUGGAGUCCUAUGCCUUCAACAUGAAAGGCUCUGUGGAGGAUGAGAAGAUGUCCAGAAAGAUCAGUGCUGAGGACAAGAGGAAAGUCAUUGACCUGUGCAAUGAGACAAUAUCCUGGCUGGGGAAGAAUCAGAUGGCAGAGAAGGAGGAAUUUGAGCACAAGCAGAAAGAGCUGGAAAAACUCUGCAAUCCCAUCAUUGCCAAACUGUACCAAGGAGCAGCCACAGGGGAAUCAUGCAGGGCACAGGCUGGGAAUGCCAGUUCUGCCGGACCAACUAUUGAGGAGGUGGAUUAA